CGUUAGAUGCGGUCGUCGGUCGCAGCGCCGCCUCCCGUGCAUCGUGUCUAAUAGAAAAUAAAUAAAAAAAUAGUGUAAAGUUCUGUGUGAAGUGUUCAGUGAGAGUGAUACAGUGUUGCAUUAUUUCUUCAAUAUAUACAGCAGGAGACGCCGUCACUCGUAAUCAAGAUAAUCAUCAGGCGACAUUAGAUUACAAUGCACCAGCGCUAAUGACUGACCAUUACACAGUCACGCGACAUCUCCAGCCAUGAACACCAUGUAAUCAUUGCGCCAUGGACCACAACACCAAGAAAAUGUUUACGAAAACACAUCGACUGUGGGACAGGAGGAGGCACAAAGUCGGACGAUGACACCGCCGGCCACAACAAUAAAAUAAAACAACAUUUUUCGUUAACAACAAGCUCUUAGUGUAAAAUCGCUUUUUUGUGUGUACGCGACUUACCGUAAUCUUCAUUUGCUAGUUCGUUUCGUUUCUCAAUCAGUGUUCUCUCAAUAGUUUCAAGCAAUAUUAGGUAAGGCCUUCGAGUUAGUGUAAAUAUUGUGUUCGUGAUCGCUUCAACUCAACGUUCGGGUAAAACGGGUAUUUAGUAAUUGUAUAAAGAGAAAAUAAUAGUCAAACACUUCCGUUCCUAUAGGCAAUACAUUUUUUUAAAAGUAAAUCGAUUAUACAGUUCUUUCAACGGGGCCAAACUUUCAAUCUGUCUUACAAUAAUAUUAGUUAGAUGAAUUUUACAAAUCCUGAGUCGAGAGCCACGAUGGUGCCGAACACGACGUUGUUGACGAGGACUACAAUGUCUAGUGGUUACAAUGGGACAUUCGGUCCGAAUAGUACAUUCUUGAUACCGACGUAUAUGAGCCAGGAGGAGUUUUUCGCGUUGCAAAUGACCAAUGGGUCUGACGCGAACACGACGUUGUCGAAUGACACUACGGUAAAUUUAGUUCUAAAGACGUGGUACCCGAGUGGGUACUCGCCGGCGCAUAUAAUAAUAGCUUCAGUGGUUGUGACGGUGUUAAUGAUAAUGGUGGUAGUGGGCAAUAUGCUGGUGAUCAUUGCGAUAGUGACGGAGAAAGCGUUGAAGAAUAUUCAGAACUGGUUCAUAGCCUCAUUGGCCGUGUCGGACUUCUUCCUCGGCCUGGUGAUAAUGCCGUUUUCAUUAGCGAACGAGCUGAUGGGCUAUUGGAUUUUUGGGUUCUGGUGGUGUGAGAUACAUUCGGCGAUGGAUGUGUUGUUGUGUACGGCGUCCAUCAUGAACCUGUGCCUGAUCUCACUCGACCGGUACUGGAGUAUAACGCAGGCCGUAGACUAUUUGAAGAAACGGACACCAGCUCGCGCCGCGCUGAUGAUAGCGGCGGUGUGGCUGAUGUCUGCGCUCGUGUGUAUACCGCCCUUACUGGGGUGGAGGGUCAGCAGGCCGCCGGAGCAGUUCCCACAAUGCAAGGUGUCAGAUGAUAUUGGCUACGUGGUCUACUCGGCGCUGGGCAGUUUCUACAUACCGUCCUGCAUCAUGGUCUUCGUGUACAUCCGAAUAUAUUUCGCAGCGAAGGCGCGCGCGAGGAGAGGGAUCAGGAAGAACCCGAGACCACGACCUAACGAGCAGCAGACGAGUUUCAGUAAUCCCCCCAAGGGCACGCGACCCAUGCCCUCCACACAUCCUAUGCCCCCGGGCCAUCUUAGCAAUAAUAACGGCGAAAGCCAAAUAUCAACAAUAGAAACACCACAAGUACAGAUACCAACAGUAACGUGUGAACUGGCGUCAGACAUAUCCACGAGCGAGGCUGGGGACACCAUACCUCCACCACCCGACGAACGGAAAGAUACGCUCAAGGUUGUCACAUCAGCACAAGUACAAAAAAAUCCACUGGCCUCCUGUCCACUGAGGAGUUCAACACUCUCAGUGAACGGCGAGCUUCAGCUGCAGCAGACAAGGGGCAGAGCACCCAGCGUCGCGAUAGAUGCUGACAUGGUCUCCGAGAUGGAACCGUCAUCAUCAGACUCAGGAGUAGUCAGCCGCUGUGGUGGUGUCAAACCUCUAAAGUUACGAAUCUUCAAAAAAACAGACAGAAGACAAGAGAAAUCUCAACCAAGUAAAUCAGAAUUAGAACCAGCAUUACCAAAGCCACACAAACCUAGAGAUCCAGAGAGAGAAAAGAAGAGAUUAGCGAGAAAAAAAGAGAAGAGAGCUACUUUAAUUUUAGGUUUAAUAAUGGGCAGCUUCAUAGCUUGCUGGCUGCCUUUCUUCUUCUUGUAUAUACUUAAAGCAGCUUGCAGAAACUGUGUGAUACCUUCGAGCGCGUUCGCGAUAGCCUUCUGGCUGGGGUAUAUGAACUCUGUGCUAAAUCCUGUGAUCUACACCAUCUUCAACAAGGAUUUUAGAAGAGCGUUUAGAAGAAUACUGUUUAAGUGAUGUUUAGCCUACGUGUGCUGUUACCGCUGCGUAGCCAACAGGAUCAUGAUGGCUCAGCAGAGGGCAGCACCGAAUCUUUACAAUGUACGUUGAAAUGGACUCUCAAUAGUUAUAAUGGAGGAAACGGUUCAGUGAUACAAGGCGAAUAUAAUUAUACACUCUGACUGAUAUUAUUUCAAUCACAAUCUUUAAUUAGACAUAUAAUUUUAUUAAGCAAUUAUUUAACCAACUAAUUAUAAAUAAU